UUUUGGGAAAUAUGUAAACAAGAACAUCAAGGAAGUAAUAGACACGGAUCCGCAUAACUAACUCUAGAUAUCGGUUUUCUUUGGCAAAUUUGACUUACUUCCACUAUAUUGUGAAUUUGUUACUUCCAAAAACGGAACAUAAUGCGUAAAACAUGGGUGAAGCGGGACAACAUCUACUACAAACCGUUUUACAAGCAGAAGCUGAAGAUGACCUUGCUUGGAGUGGUGCUCAUGGCCAUCGUUUUCUUCGGCUAUCAGUUCUUCUAUAUCAGUCAGUUGCAAACGGAAUCGGGGACGGGUGCACUCGUCCGGAUUGAAAGUGCCAAACAUCAGGCUAAUAAUCAACGUGUUAAUUCGAUAGGAUAUGGAGCCGAAGAGGAAUCACCAGCAUCGGCCAGCGCGAGAGACGAAGGUGGUGGAGUGGCGCGACCGAAUGGCACCAACGGCAAAGUACUCAAAGGGCCUUCUGAUGAUAUCCGCUAUAUUUAUAUGGAGAAGAUUGGGAAUUAUGAGAAAAAAAUAUUAAGAGGCAUUCGGUUGAGCGAUUUGGAUUCAUACUCUGUGCGAACAUCGGUCGUGUUCCACUGUCUUACGAGCAGACGAGAGCUUGAUUGGGGCAUGGUGAACGACGACUAUUGUGAUUGCCCUGAUGACGGAAGUGACGAACCAAGUACAAAUGCCUGUGCAAAGGGUCGUUUCUACUGUCGGUUUCAGAAGCGUCACCGAACAGGAAGGGGCGGCUACACUUCAAUCCCUAGCGCGUGGGUUAAUGAUGGUGUUUGCGACUGCUGUGACGGUUCCGAUGAGUGGCAGCGUAAUGACAGUCGACACUGUCGAAACAAUUGUAAGGAAAAGUAUCCUUUCUGAAAGAACUGUGAUCAUUGUUCCCGCGCUACCACUACUACUAACACCACUCAUUAUAACAAAGACCGAUAUUUUGAAAGACUGGAAUGAAUGCUGAGCAUGGAUGAGAAACAAGAUUUAAUAAACUAUUCUAGAUUGAAUAUUUUC